CCUCCACUACCACGCCGCGCUGCCUCCCCAGUCCCCUCCCCUCCCUCCCCACCACCACCACCACCACAAGAACCGCGUCGGCAGACACCACCGCUGUCAUUGCCGCGGCCAGGCGCGCCAGCCAGGAGAAAGGCGGGAGGCGCCUGCUGUGCUUAGCCGCUUGCUGACCUCGCUCGUUCGAUGGAGCUGCACAAGUACUGGGGCGUGGGUGGCCGGCGGUGCGGCAGCUGCGAGGCGGCGCCGGCGGCGGUGCACUGCCGCACGUGCGUCGGCGGGUCGUCGUCGUUCCUCUGCACGACGUGCGACGCGCGCCCCGCGCACGCGCGCCUGGCCCACGAGCGCGUGUGGGUGUGCGAGGUCUGCGAGCUGGCCCCCGCCGCCGUCACGUGCAAGGCCGACGCCGCCGUGCUCUGCGCCGCCUGCGACGCCGACAUCCACGACGCCAACCCGCUGGCGCGCCGCCACGCGCGGGUCCCCGUCGCGCCCAUCGGCUCCGAGGCCGCCGCCGCGGCCGUCGAGGCCAUGCUGUUCGGGACCGGCGACGCGGCCGAGGCCGACGACCAGCACAACAACGCGGCGGCGGCGGCCGAGCAGCAUCAGCAUCAGCACCACGCUCACCACGCGCACGCGCUGAACCUCAACGUGGAGGCGAAGGACAUGAAGCUGGACUACCUCUUCUCUGAGCUGGAUCCCUACCUCAGCGUCGAGAUCCCGCGCUUCCACCACGCCGACAGCGUCGUCCCCAACGGCGCCGGCGCUGCCGGCGCCGUCGAGCUCGACUUCACGUGCGGCAUCGGCGUCAAGCACUCCUCCUACAGCUCCUACACCGCCACCUCCCUCGAUCUCGCGCAUAGCGGCUCCUCGUCGGAGGUCGGCGUGGUGCCAGAGGCCUUCGGCGGCGGCGGCGGCGGCGGCGGCGGGAGCUUUGAGCUCGACUUCACAAGGCCAAAGCCUCAGGCCUACAUGCCAUACACGGCGACUCCCCAGAGCCACAGCGUGUCGUCCGUGGACGUGGAGGUGGUGCCGGAGCGGGGAGACUUGCCGGCGGUGAGGCCGGUGCCGCUGAUGGGGGAGAGCCGGGAGGCGCGGCUGAUGCGGUACCGUGAGAAGAGGAAGAACCGGCGGUUCGAGAAGACCAUCCGGUACGCGUCCCGGAAGGCCUACGCCGAGACGCGGCCGCGGAUCAAGGGGAGGUUUGCCAAGCGCGCCGACCACGACGGCGACGGCGACGCCGACGACGCCGAGGCCGAGGCCGCCGUGCCGUCGUCGUACGUGCUCGACUUCGGCUACGGCGUCGUGCCGAGCUUCUGAUGAUCUCGAUCGGCCCACCCCGGCCGGCGGUCCCAACGCGCGCGCAUGCAUGCAUGGCCGCCACGGAACGCCGCGCGCGCGCGCGCGCCUUGUACUUGUAUCAAUGUAUAGGGAGGAGUAGUAAUCCCAUGUACUCUCUUUUUGAGCAAGCCCUUGCGUAAACUAGCCAUGUAUAAUUUGUAUACUACUGGUAACAAGCUGCAGUAGCCGCUACUAAUGACCCAUGAAUCUACUAUCGCACUAGUUGUCGUAAACUUGUGCUAGUUACUGGUACAGUAGUGCCAUA